AUCUAAAAUCUGUGAUCCGAAAAAUACACACGCAAGGUAUACUCCUAUAGGUACGUCCCAAUCGCUGAAUACAGUAAGCCCAAUACCGAUUCCACAUUCUAGUGUAUGCAUGACACACAUUAUUGUUUACCUACGGGUCGCAACCGCCUCCAUUCCUCAAACCCAAUAAGCGCCAGCACAGCUCAAUUGACAUAGUGACGACAGUGUGCUCGAAGGCCCCCACAUUCGUCGUUGAGACAAAAUGGCAGGCAGUGCUAAAUUGUAUUACAUUUGGAACUUCUUCGAGAAGAUCGCGCCGACCGGAUUCGUCGCAGGCUGGCUUCGAGCGGCCAACUAUGUGCAGACAAAUAAGGAAUUCAUCUCCACCCAGCUCCACCGCAACUUGAACCCCGAGGGUGCCUUCAAAUAUGUGAACCAUGCUGCCUUUGACGGACUAACAUUUGAAGGUUUUCAGAGAAGCAAACCAACAGAGGCCUGGGCGAGCCUGAUGAAGAGUGAAAUGGCAUCAAAAGCUGUGGCCUACCCAGGUGGCUACACUGAGAUCGCAACAAACACCGGAAAGCCAUUGGCCCCAUGGCUCCCCAAAGGUGACAAUGGCAUCUUCAUCGUGACGUCAUUCAAGGUUGCUGAUGAAACUGACACUAAGCUCCAAGAGACCUUCGAGAAGGACUGGAUGGAAUCGUCUGGCACCAAUUUCAUCCUCCAACAGGCACCUAAGGAGCUAGGAAUCUCCCACGUCGGUCUGUACAAGAAGUUCACCCCGCGGCCAGGGCUACUGUACGUCCUCCGCGUAGAGCUAGUCGGGGUAGGUGAGGAUUCAGAGGCCGCUAGGAGCUUCUUGAGUCAGUUGAAGGCCUUUUCGUUCCCAAACUACUUCGAGCGCGUGGUCACCGACUUGUACCGUGCAGACCCCGAAAACAUCCUUUUUCCUGAAGCAGGAAGGAAAGAUCUUCCGGAAGGAUUCAGCUAUAAGCCUUAGAUUCCCUCGAUGAAUCUUAACAUAAAGCAUACCAUGUCAAGGGACAAAGGUAAUCGAUUCUGAGAGAGGCAACCUAGGCCUAAUAUUGUGUAUCGCGUUGAAGGUAUACGUUUCGCUUACACUCGUUCAUACCCUUCCUCGUCGGAUCAAAUACGACCAUUCUUUCUUAUGCUUGUUGGUAGUCGUGUUGGGUGCCUAGCUUAGCAGGGUAAUUCAGGUUUUAAUUCUUCAACAUAGUUACCCGUACUUGACGUUUUCUUCAGCCUUUCGAUGCAUACGUUUGGCUGUAAAAUCGAUUGGUAGGCCUACUCUUUGUACGCGAAAAUUUUGCAAGCUGAGUGAUGCCUCGUGUGUACGUGUGUUUUCUGUUUUGUUUUGUUUUGUUUUGUUUUUUAGGGGAGGGGUUCGAAUACUUUAUGUUCUUGUGCUGGUAGAUUCCAUGCGACAAAGGGUUAAUUUGUCAUCCUUGUAAAUGACCAAGCGUAUACCUUACGAUUUUGCCUGUAGGUGUCGAGGCAUGUUCCUGGACAUGGGUGAAGUAGUCCCCCCCCCUUCCAUUUGUUUCUUCAAUUCCCAGUGAAAGUCCUCCCCAUACAAUUUCUGCCCCGUCACUCUGUUAGUGUCCUUUUAACUUUUCAAGUUUGCAUACCGUUGCUUAGUAACACUGAAAACCCUGAAACUGAAAGUUACCUACACUUGUCUGUCGCACACUAAACGCUGGCAAAGUGGACAAGAGGCGGUUGAAGGCGCGUCCAUGAUUAAUUUCGCUUGUUGCAAUGAUCCCUGUCCCAACUGACACAACGCCAUUCCACGAACGCACGCACGCAACACUGUACCAAUAUUCCUCGCUUGUACAGAACUGAGUACAUAGGCAUGCGCAUAAAUUUUGCCAACAACAACUUUGACAACGGUUUACUACACCUGGUCAGCACGACGACCUCUCAAUAUGAACCUUACGUUUUACGAUCUCAGGACUAGAAUGUGACUAUAUCAAUAAUCCUUUCUCUUUGACAAUGUUGAAGUCAUUCUGGGGAAAAUCAAGUUCUCCUGUGUACCACGUGUGUUGACAGUUUUCCGUUUUGAAAUUUCAUGCCACAGUCGAGUACAAAGAUGGCAUAGUCAUGCGUUUGUUUGAAGUAAAGAUCAAGCGUGUUCGACAUGUGAUGCACGAUAUGGGGCGGAGAGAACCCCCCCCCCCGCUUUGUAUUGAUCAUUGUUUGAUCGGAAUCUCAGGAAUUCUUUACAGAGGGGGAUGUGUUAGCUAACAAUAGUCUAGAGUGUGUAUAGGGAUUGGACAUGUGGGGGGUUACCCGUGGGCCCCAUAUCGUGUACGGUAUCAUAUUCGAGAACGCAAAUAGAAAGCCUUCGAAAAACUAGUUAUAUUCCUUACAAAAUUUAAUAACUAUCCUCCAACGUUAACGUUUUGGAAAGGAUGCUUUCUGCUGUAUGUCGCGAUAUGCGUAUUAAAGUUCAAGGGUUCUUUCGCUUGUGACUCAGCUCAUUUUGAGAUCACACAGCUGCUUCACUUAUCAGUGUCUUCUGAAAAGUAAUAAAUUGAUUAUAAAGAUGAAGACAGAAAUUGAUUACAGCGGGAUGUGAACCUGCAUCCUCUGGAAAACCGUACCGGUGCUCUACAAACUGAGCUAUCCAGCACUAGGUCGGUGGCCCUUCCCAUUUGUCAAUAUCUUUGUUCGGGGGACGAAGUAAUAAAUCGAAAAGCGAGUAGGCCUAUAUUAAAUGUGGUUUGUGUGCUUAUUUGAUUACAGAAAACCUAUUUCAAAAAUCUUUUUGCACUAAUGUCCGUGUUUAGCUCAACGGCUAUAAAUACAAUUUGUAAGCCUAAUGGGCAUGACGAUUAGGCUAAUACUUCCAGGAAUGCGGAAAUAUUAACUAAAUAUAUCAAUUUAUCAACUGUCUAUA